CUGAGAACAACGAACUUUGAAGGAAGUAAAAAGUGACAGACUGAUAGUGAGGCAGAGCUGCAGUGUGAAUUAUUGGAAGUGAUUGUGACUGAGUAGGCGUAAUAGCUGUCCCCUAGAACCAAGGCGAUAUCAGUGAAAAAAUCAAGACGGCAAAAUGAGCUAUGCAGACGUGGUACAACAACUUCACACGACCUUCGCUAGUGGAAAGACGCGCAAUGUCGAGUUCAGGGAGAAGCAGCUUAAAAACAUGCUGCGCAUGUAUGAGGAGAACUCGGCAGAAAUGGUGAACGUACUUGCAGCCGACUUGCGAAAGCACAAACAGGAGGCACACGUUUUGGAGAUCGAUUUCCUCAUCAAUGACAUUCGCAAUACCAUUUAUAACUUUCAGGAAUGGAUAAAACUGGAAAAACCGGGGAAAACGAUGGUCAACAUCAUGGAUGGAGUGUACAUCUACAAGGACCCGUACGGAGUGGUGCUGGUGAUUGGCGCAUGGAAUUACCCUUUGCAGUUGACCCUGGUCCCGGUGGCAGCCGCAAUAGCAGCGGGAAAUUGUGUUCUCAUCAAACCGAGUGAAGUGGCACCAGCGACAUCCAAGUUUAUUGCCGAGACGAUUCCAAAGUAUCUCGAUUCGGAAUGCUUUCGUGUGCUAGAAGGCGGCGCAAAAGAAACGUCGGAGCUGUUGAGACAGAAGUUUGACUACGUUUUCUACACCGGUUCCGGUCGAGUAGGAAGGAUCGUGCAUCAGGCAUGCAAUGAAAAUCUGACACCAUGCACCUUGGAGUUGGGUGGCAAAAGUCCCUGCUAUAUCGACAGCACAGCGGACAUUCCAAUCGCGACGAAACGAAUUCUGUGGGGCAAGUUCAUCAAUGCCGGACAGACCUGUAUUGCCCCGGACUACUUGCUAUGUACGAAACAGGUUCAGAAGCAAUUCCUGGAAGAGGCUAAAAACAUUCUGAAAGAAUGGUAUGGUGCAAAUCCAAAGGACAGUCCUGAUCUGUGUCGAAUCGUCAACCACUCACAUUUUCAACGUUUGAGUGCCAUGAUCAAGGGAGCAAAUGUAGCAAUUGGUGGAGAAACAGACUCCCAGGAGAAAUAUAUAGCUCCAACGAUUCUCGUCGAUGUCAACCCGGAUGACCCCGUAAUGCAGGAUGAAAUUUUUGGUCCUAUUUUACCCAUCAUCAAUGUUGAUAAUGCGUACGAUGCCAUCCAUUUUAUCAAUUCGAGAUCACCCGCUCUUGUCAUGUACAUCUUCACGCAAGACAAAAAACUCCAAGAUCUCUUCAUUCAUGGUUCGAGGUCGGGCAGUAUGUGCCUCAAUGAUACCAUCAUGCAGUACGCCGUUGAAACACUACCGUUCGGAGGUGUUGGACCAAGUGGAAUGGGUGCCUAUCACGGAAAGUACUCGUUCGAUACGUUCGUCCACAGAAAGUCGUGCUUGGCAAAGGACUUCAAUCCGAUAAGCGAGAAGCUGGCCUCCUCUCGAUAUCCACCAUAUUCGGAUAGCAAGCUAUCCUUCCUGACGGCCCUGUUGAAGAAGCGGCAAGGAUUAUCGAUGAAGUUCCUGCCAUACGUGCUGAUGUUCGGUAUCGGAGUAGCAACUACGCUUAUCGUGAGCUCUUUAAUGAAGGAUGACGAAUGAGGUUAAGCACGCACGUUUGACUAAAUAAACAGUGUAUGCUGUCGAUACCACAAACAGACUGCAAAACUAUUAACACUAAGCUUUAGAACCGGCAGGUGUACGUUUACAGCGGAUUCGGUUUCAUUUCCAUGAAAUAUUUGUGAUAGCGCCCACUAAAAAUUGCUACUUUACAAACUGGUAUAGGUUUCAAUCUAAACAUAAAUGUACUUUCAGUUUCGAUGACUUAAGCACGGAUACUUGAUGAUUUUAAUGUUCACAAAUGGGACGUAUUUAAA